GCUCAGGAGAGGAGCUCAGAAAAGUUCGUGUUUACCUCGUGGAGUCCGUAACAUGUUUAACCAUCUUUCUGUCGGCGGAGAAAGUUUCCGAGGGAGCGAACUGUGAGACAUGGCAGCCUCUGAACUUUACUCCAAGCAUGCCCGUGUAUGGCUCCCAGAUGCAGCAGAAGUGUGGAAGUCAGCAGAGCUUAUCAAAGAUUACACUCCUGGCGACUUGACGCUGACUGUGCAGCUGGAUGAUGGCACGGAGGUGGAAUACAAAAUAGACCCCCGAACCAACAUCCUGCCGCCACUAAGAAACCCUGACAUCCUGGUGGGGGAAAAUGACCUCACGGCUCUCAGCUACCUCCACGAGCCUGCAGUGCUACACAACCUUAAAGUGCGCUUUAUGGACUCCAGGUUGAUUUACACAUACUGUGGAAUUGUCCUGGUUGCCAUCAAUCCUUAUGAGAGCCUGCCUAUCUAUGAAGCUGACAUCAUCAGUGCCUACAGUGGGCAAAACAUGGGAGACAUGGAUCCCCAUAUAUUUGCAGUAGCAGAGGAAGCAUACAAACAGAUGGCCAGAGAUGAAAGAAACCAGUCCAUUAUAGUGAGUGGUGAGUCUGGAGCUGGCAAGACCGUCUCUGCUAAGUAUGCCAUGCGUUUUUUUGCCACAGUCAGCUGCUCCUCUGGUGAGGCCAAUGUUGAGGAGAAAGUCCUUGCCUCCAGCCCCAUCAUGGAGGCCCUUGGGAAUGCCAAGACAACAAGGAAUGACAACAGCAGUCGCUUUGGGAAGUACAUUGAGAUUGGGUUUGACAAGAAGCAUUGUAUAAUUGGGGCUAACAUGAGAACCUACUUACUGGAAAAGUCUAGAGUUGUGUUUCAGGCCCAUGGAGAAAGGAACUACCAUAUAUUCUACCAGCUUUGUGCCUCUUCACAUUUACCAGAGUUCAAAGCCUUCAAGUUAGGUUGCGCAGAUGACUUCCACUGUACUAACCAGGGUCAGAACCCCGUAAUAGAUGGAGUGGAUGAUGCCAAAGAGAUGUGUGAUACCAGGAGGGCUUUCUCACUGUUAGGAAUCAAUGAAAGUGAUCAAAUGGCAAUUUACCAAAUUCUGGCUGCUAUUCUCCAUCUUAGCAACGUGGACGUGAAAGAUCAGUCAGCAGACAGAAGCAGCAUUUUGCCAGGUAAUGUCCAUCUGAUGGUGUUUUGUGAGUUGAUGGGGGUCUCCUGUGAAGAAAUGGCCCACUGGUUAUGUCACAGAAAACUCAAGACGACCACAGAAACCUAUGUCAAGUCUGUCUCCAAAACGAGUGCAGUCAAUGGCAGAGAUGCUCUAGCCAAACACAUCUAUGCCAGACUCUUCAGCUGGAUUGUGGACAGUAUUAACAGUUCCUUAAAAUCUACAACGAAACAACACUCCUUCAUUGGUGUGCUCGACAUUUACGGGUUUGAAACAUUUGAUGUCAACAGCUUUGAACAGUUUUGCAUCAAUUACGCCAAUGAAAAGCUUCAACAGCAGUUCAACCAGCAUGUCUUCAAACUGGAGCAAGAGGAGUACAUGAAAGAGGAGAUCCCCUGGACAUUGAUUGACUUCUACGAUAACCAGCCGUGCAUUAAUCUUAUUGAGGCCAAGCUGGGUGUCCUGGACCUUCUGGAUGAAGAGUGCAAGAUGCCCAAAGGCUCUGAUGACUCAUGGGCCCAGAAACUGUACAACACUCUCCUGAAGCAGAAUGCUCACUUUGAUAAACCCAGGUUAUCAAAUAGAGCUUUCAUCAUCCACCACUUUGCAGACAAGGUGGAGUACCAGUGUGAGGGUUUCCUGGAGAAAAACAAGGACACAGUCAAUGAGGAGCAGAUAAAUGUGCUGAAAAAUAGCAAGUUUGAUUUGCUGCUGAAGCUGUUCGCGGAUGAUGAGAAGGCACAGAGCUCUGCUAACAAGCGCACCAGUGUCAUUGGAAGAGCUGGUCAGGCUCAGAGGGAUAAUAAGAAGACGGUUGGGCUGCAGUUUCGACAGUCUCUGCAUUUGCUGAUGGACACACUAAAUGCUACAACUCCUCACUACGUACGCUGCAUCAAGCCAAAUGACGAUAAAACUUCGUUCACCCUGGACCCUGUGAGGACGGUGCAGCAGCUUCGAGCAUGUGGCAUACUCGAAACAAUCCGGAUCUCAGCAGCCGGCUUUCCAUCUAGAUGGACUUAUCAGGAAUUCUUUAGCCGUUACCGGGUCCUCAUGAAGCAAAAGGAUGUGCUUCCUGAUAGGAAACAAACCUGCAAAAAUCUCCUGGAAAAACUUAUAAAGGAUCGGGAUAAGUAUCAGUUUGGCAAAAACAAGAUCUUCUUCAGGGCUGGUCAGGUGGCUUACCUGGAGAAGCUGCGCUCCGACAAGCUGCGCAUGGCUUGUGUCCGCAUCCAGAAGACUAUCCGCUGCUGGCUGGCCCGCAAAAAGUUCCUGAGGAUGAGGGAAUCUGCUAUCACCGUACAGAGAUAUGUACGGGGUCACCAGGCACGCUGUUAUGUUAAGUUUCUGCGAAGAACCAGAGCAGCUGUUGUCAUUCAGCGAAAUGUGCGUAUGUGGGCGGCCAGGAGACGCUACCAGCAGCAGCGCUCUGCAGCUAUCUCUAUUCAGUGCUUCUUGAGGGCCUACAUGGCUAAGAAGCAGUACUAUAAGUUGAUGUUUGAGCAAAAGGCUGUGGUCAUCCAGAAAUGGAUGAGGGGCUGGCUGGCUAGGCAGCAUUACAGACGCACCCUGGCUGCCAUCACCCUGCUGCAGAGCUGUGUACGUCGCAUGAGGGCCAAGAAGGAAUUAAAGAAGCUGAAAGUGGAGGCGCGCUCUGUUGAGCACUUCAAGAAGCUCAAUGUUGGUAUGGAAAACAAGAUAAUGCAGUUGCAACACAAGAUAAAUGAGCAGCAUAAAGAAAACAGAGAGCUCAGUGAGAGGCUGAAUAUUGUGGAGAAGAACCAUUCUGUGGAGAGAGAGAAGCAGAGCAGAGAGAUCAAAAACCUACUUAGAUCAGAGCAGGAGGCCAGAGCCAAGGCAGAGACACUUCCCUCGCUGCUGGAACAGCUCUCCUUCCUUCAGCAUGAGCUGGAAAACACCCGCAGGGAGAAAGAAGACCUGGAAGAGCAGACAAAGGUCUAUAAGGAGCAGACACAACAGGUGGUAGAGGAGCUUAAUAUGAAGAACGGCUUGUUGAACAGCGAGAAAGAUGAAAUGAGUAAAAUAAUCCUGGAACAAGCCCAACAGUUAACAGAUGUUAAAACCAACAUUGAGAACAUAAAACAGAUGGAUAAGGACUUAACUGAAGAACGCUCUCGCUACCAAAAUCUGCUGAGUGAACACCUGCAUCUGGAGGAGCGGCACAGAGACCUGAAGGAAGAGAUGAAUCUGAGCAUUAGUUCAAGCAAAUCUGGUCACAAGAGGACAGACUCCAAUUACAGCAGUAACUCAUCUGAGUUUAGUCUGAGCUUAGGCUCUUCUGAGGGAGAAGACAGCUCUAUACAAACAGAGGAUGAAACCCAGUCAACAGUGGACCUGCCAGUCCUUCUAAAACUCCAGAGACGAGUAAAGGACCUUGAGCAGGACAAACAGACGCUAUGGCAGCAACUGGAUAGAAAAGAAGAAGCCCAACAAGAAAAUGCAAAACAGGUGGAGGAGCAGACAACUGCUUGUAGAGCAGAACUGGACUUGGAAAAACUGAAGCGGCAGGAACUGGAGUCUGAGAACAAGAAGCUGAAGCAGGAUCUAACUGAGCUGCGAAAGUCUCUGACCAAUGAGGACAGUGAAUUGAUGCCCCCUGCCCCGGGCUCGCUGCCCUACAGCAUACUGCUGGAUCAACUCAGCUCUUCCAAUGAUGAGCUGGAGAUGCGAAAAGAAGAAGUGCUGCUCCUCCGCUCACACAUGGUCCGCCAAGAGGCCCUUAAACAUAAGGACUCAGCGCUCGGGGAAGGUGUUAAAUUAGAUCUUGAAAUUCCUUCAUUUCAAGAUGUUGACAGAUCCACUGACAUCCAUACACUGAAUGAAGAUGGAGAGUUGUGGCUGGCUUAUGAAGGCUUGAAAGAGACCAAUAGACUUCUGGAGUUCCAGAUGCAGGAGCAGGAACGUGUUCACAAUGAGAAGUAUAGGGAGCUGCUUGAGGAGGUGAACAAGUUGAAGAAUGAGAAGGAGCAGCAGCAGAAGCUGCUGGCCCAGAGCCUCUUCCUGUCUGAAGAUGCCCGCAUUGAGGCCAGCCUGAAGCAUGAGAUCACACGGCUGACCAAUGAAAACCUGGAGCUUUUGGAGCAGCAAGAGAAACAAGACAAAACCAUGCGCAAGUUGAAAAAACAGCUUAAACUUUACAUCCAAAAAGUUGAAGAUUUUGAAGCGAGUGCUCAGCAAAAGAAUAAUGCCUCUUUGAUGAACGCUCCUGUAAGAGCGGUGAACAUCACUCGCAAGGAGAAAGAAUACCAGGGCAUGUUGGAGUACAAGGAGGGCGACGAGAGCCGCUUGCUUAAGAAUGUGGUCAUAGAUCUGAAGCCUCGUGGGGUAGCAGUCAGCUUCAUUCCUGGACUUCCAGCUUAUAUCAUCUUCAUGUGCCUACGAUAUGCAGACAGUGUGAAUAAUGACCAGAGAGUCAGCGCUCUGCUCAAUUCCACCAUCAGUAGCAUCAAAGGGGUCAUUAAGAGGAGAGGUAAUGAUUUUGAAGUGGUGUCCUUCUGGCUGGCCAACACGUGCAGAUUAAUGCACUGUCUGAAGCAGUACAGUGGAGAUGAGGUCAUCAUGACACGCAACACUGCCAAGCAGAAUGAGCACUGCCUGGCCAACUUUGAACUGUCAGAGUACCAGCAGGUUUUUGGUGAUCUAGCCAUCCAAAUAUACCGCCAGCUCAUCAAAUGCGUGGAGAGCGUCCUGCAGCCUCUGACUGUGGCAAGCAUGCUGGAGCAUGAGGCCAUCCAGGGCGUUUUGGGGUCCAAACCGACGGGCCUGCGAAAGAGAAGCACCAGUUUCCCAGAGGAGGGAGCUGUGACAGUGGAAGUCCUCCUGCAGCGUCUUGGCCACUUCCACACCACCAUGAGUCAGCAUGGGAUGGAUCCAGACCUCAUUAACCAGGUGGUCAAGCAGCAGUUUUACAUCAUCUGUGCCAUCACACUCAACCACCUGCUACUGCGGAAGGACAUGUGCUCCUGGAGCAAAGGCCUGCAGAUCAGGUACAAUGUUUGGCAGCUGGAGGAGUGGCUGACGGAGAGGGAGCUGGCAGACUGCGGUGCCAAGGAGACUCUGGAGCCUCUCAUACAGGCUGCACAGCUUCUGCAGAUCAAGAAGAAGACUGAGGCAGACGCCCAAGCUAUUUGCAACAUGUGUACCGCCCUCACCACAGCACAGAUUGUGAAAGUGUUGACCUUGUACACCCCAGUGAUUGAAUUUGAAGAGCGAGUGUCAACCAGUUUCAUCACAACUAUUAAAAACCUUUUGAAAGACAGAGUUGAGUCAUCCACCUUGAUGAUGGAUGCCAAGAAGAUCUUUUCCGUCACUCUCGCCUUCACACCCUCCUCUGUGGCUCUGGAGACCAUCCAGAUCCCUGCGAGCCUCAAUCUGGGCUUCCUCACCCGCAUCUAGACCAGUGGCCUCUGGCACUUAGAUUUUGUUCCCUGUUUACCAAAGUAAAAACAGUAAAGACUGUUUUUUGUUUGUUUUUUUACCAAAGUUUGUACCAGUUCACUAUCACUGAUUAUUGCAGUACUGCAGCAGAGUAAGGUGUUUACAUGUUUUUUUAUGUAUGAGCUUCUCAGCACUACAUAGCCAAACAGUAAUAACUCUGAAUAAUGAAUCUGCAAAAAGCCUUUAAAGGUCACCUCUUGCUACACCUAAUGUGUUGCUGAUACAGAUGUAUAGUAUAUUGUGAACUCAUGGGUUCAUAAAAGCAUUGAUGGGAAUGUUUUUUCUGAAUAUAUCUAAACUCAUGUAAGGAAUUUUGACUUUUCAGAUCAUAUCAUCUGCAAGUUUCUGAUUAUGGGGUUAGAUAAACAUAUCCUGGUAACUAUGCAUUGGGAUGUUACGGUUGACAAAUCUUUUAAAUAAUAUGGAUAGUCAUGUGUAGUGUUAAAACAUUAAUGUGCAUCUGUUUUAGAUGUUGAAAAAAGUCUCAAGAUGAAAUUCAUGAGCUUCAUGUCUGUAACUUUCUAUUUGUGUCAUAUAUCAGGUGAUGUUACAGUAUUUAUAUCAACGUGAAGGAGCAGAAAAGAUUUCAAGUAUGUAUUUAAUGAGUCUUAAUGUUGUCAGUCAUAUUAAAGGCCGGCCUUUCAGUUAGAAGGUUUGAUUUACUUAAAAAUACUGCACAAAGAGUUUCACUACCUCUAGGUUUUAUGGAUGUUGUAUCUCAUGCUUUUUCUCUAUUUUGGUCUUUUUAUUCCCCCCAAAGUGGGGUCUUUUAAUCCCCAAGAAAGUAUAGAACAUUUCUGUUAUAUUUAGUGUUCUUUUUCUUGGCACUGACACAAUCACUGUUGUAAUACAUAGUUAUGUAAUAAGGUGGAAAAUAGUAUCUAACAGUAGAUAUCCUUCAUGGAAUGAAUGGAAUGCCAUUUGUCAGAAUCCCAUAACCCUCGUCUAUCGGGGAACAGACUUGACAUGAACUUGAUCCAGAAGACCUCUAAACAGAUCUGUUUGAGAGUCCUUCAAGUGGAAAAGUUUGGGGAUCUCUGAAUUAAUUUGCAUUUAGAAAUGUGCAUUUACUGGUAUGUGAUGUACCUGAACCUUCCACGCUCACCUUUCUGUGCUGCCUCAGGAUGUUAUCUUUGUGCUCUGUAUUAGUAAAUGCUUAACAUAUAAAAA